AUGCUUAUUCAUUCAUUACGGUUAUUGGUGUUGGUGUUUGUGGUUAUUAAAUUUGGAUGGACGCGGUGUGAAGACUAUUUAGUGAUCCCCAAUACCCAGAAGUUUUGUAAAGGCGAUAGAAUUUUAUCAGCAUCAGAGAACAGGGGUGAAACUGAGGCACGAAAGGCCUGCGACAGACUUUGUGACUGUAACCUGAUCUCAGCCUCAUUUGGGUCUGACGCAUCGGAUAGUUCUGUGGACUAUCACUUUUCUUGGUUGUGCAGCGAGGACUUCACCAACUUGGAGCACUCCAUAGGCUGGACUACACUUGUAAAGGCGGAUUUAUUGCGCAAGCACGCGGGCGGGUUAAACUUACUGUUGAAUAUAACAACCGACUGUGAUAUUGCGGAUGAAACACCAAUUUACGAUGCCGGUGUACUGGCGAACGUAGCCAAAGAGUGUUCUAGCGACCCGGAUUGUUACUUGUUGCUAUCGAACACCGCUAGCAUAAAAAGGUGCAGGGGUAAACUAGGCAAGAACGUGACACCAUCCCCAGGGAAUUUUGUACUAUAUAAAAAUGCGCCGAACGAGUGGCCGAUUAGAGAAGCAUAUUCAUACACUCGGGUACCUUACUCGCACUCCUAUCUGCACGGCCCACUAACCCCAGACCAUUUUUUCAACAAUUUGUCGCAAGGCACCCUGGUUAGGGCGAGACGGAUCGGAAGCCGACAAGGAAGUGACUCUAGUGCCAACCAUGCCUAA